GACAUCACAUUGCCAGCUAGCCAAAUCGGAGCGUUCCUUCUCCGGCGAUUCCAUGUUCCGUUUCUAGGGUUUGCGUUCUGCGAUCGCCGCUCGCCGCACUCGCAGAGAUGUCGCGCCAGACGACGACGACGGCCUUCACUAAAUCGAAGACUCUCGACAAUAAAUAUAUGCUGGGAGAUGAGAUUGGGAAAGGAGCUUAUGGGCGAGUUUACAAAGGUUUGGACCUGGAGAAUGGAGAUUUUGUUGCCAUUAAACAAGUUUCUUUGGAGAAUAUUGCUCAGGAGGAUCUCAACAUCAUCAUGCAAGAGAUUGAUUUGUUAAAGAAUCUGAACCACAAAAACAUUGUAAAGUAUCUUGGAUCUUCUAAGACAAAAAGUCACCUGCACAUAGUUCUUGAGUAUGUAGAAAAUGGCUCGCUUGCAAAUAUUAUCAAGCCAAAUAAAUUUGGACCUUUUCCGGAAUCAUUGGUUGCAGUAUAUAUAGCCCAGGUGUUGGAAGGUUUGGUUUAUCUUCAUGAACAAGGUGUUAUUCAUCGAGAUAUUAAGGGUGCAAACAUACUGACAACGAAGGAGGGUCUUGUGAAAUUAGCUGAUUUUGGUGUUGCUACAAAACUAACAGAGGCAGAUGUUAACACUCAUUCAGUUGUUGGAACACCCUACUGGAUGGCCCCUGAGGUUAUAGAAAUGGCUGGGGUUUGUGCAGCUUCUGACAUUUGGAGUGUUGGCUGUACAGUUAUUGAGCUUCUUACAUGUGUACCUCCUUAUUAUGAUUUGCAGCCUAUGCCAGCUCUUUUCCGUAUUGUCCAGGAUGAGCACCCGCCAAUUCCCGAUAGCCUUUCACCUGAUAUUACUGAUUUUCUGCUUCAAUGCUUUAAGAAGGAUUCUAGACAAAGGCCUGAUGCUAAAACUCUGCUGUCUCACCCCUGGAUUCAAAAUUGUAGACGUGUUCUGCAGUCUUCUCUUCGUCAUAGUGGAACACUAAGAAAUAUAGAGGAAGAUGAUUCUGCAGAUGCAGAAGAUUCUGGUGGUUAUCAUAAGAGUGCUUACGAAGGCUCUUCUGUGGAGAAAGAGGAUUCUGGAAAAGAGCUUUCAUCUGCGGCUCCUCAGGGCAGAAAAUCUCAUGAAGACAAUGCUUCAGCUCCUAAUUUUUCCAAUGAAAGAGCAGAGAAUGAAGAUCAUGUUCCAUCAGAUCAGGUUCUUACCUUAGCCAUUCGUGAGAAGUCACUUCUACAAACUGGAUCUAGUAAUCUCUCUCCAAAUAGAGAAGUUGGUAAUUCCGAGGCUACUGGCAGUCAUGAAAUUUCAAAUGAAGAACUUCAUGAAGUUAUGAUGAAUGGAGAGGUUGGAUCACCACAAUCGAGAGGAAUCGCUAGUAAGGUUGGAGGAAAAGACAGCUCUGUAAACAAUGGUAACAAAUCAUUUGCUUUUGGGCCAAGAGGUCAAGAUAAUAGUUCCCUCAAGGCAAUGAAGAUGCCAACCACUGUGGAAGGAAAUGAGCUGAGUAGAUUUAGUGACCCACCAGGAGAUGCGUGCUUAGAUGAUUUAUUCCAUCCAUUAGACAAACAACCUGGGGAUGUUGCAGCAGAGGCAUCCACAUCUGCAUCCACUUCUCAUAUGGUUAAAGGUAACACACCUACAACUGAUGGUGGGAAAAAUGACCUGGCUAAAGAGUUGAGGGCCACAAUUGCUCGAAAGCAAUGGGAGAAGGAAAGUGAAAUUGGACAAGCAAACAAUGGUGGGAAUCUUUUGCAUCGAGUAAUGAUAGGUGUUCUAAAAGAUGAUGUGAUUGAUAUAGAUGGUUUGGUCUUUGAUGAAAAACUUCCUGGAGAGAACCUUUUUCCUUUGCAGGCUGUUGAGUUCAGCAAAUUAGUUGGUUCAUUAAAACCAGAGGAAUCAGAAGAUGUGAUUGUGUCUGCAUGUCAGAAACUUAUUGGUAUAUUUAAUCAACGCCCAGAGCAGAAGAUUGUUUUUGUUACCCAGCAUGGUUUACUUCCUCUAACAGAUUUGCUAGAAGUUCCUAAAACACGUGUUAUAUGUUCUGUGCUUCAGCUUAUAAAUCAAAUAGUUAAAGACAACACUGAUUUCCUUGAAAAUGCAUGUCUUGUUGGAUUGAUUCCUGCAGUCACAAGCUUUGCAGUACCUGAUCGACCUCGAGAGAUUCGAAUGGAAGCAGCUUAUUUUUUACAGCAGCUUUGUCAGUCAAGUUCUUUGACAUUACAAAUGUUUAUUGCUUGCCGUGGAAUACCAGUUUUAGUGGGAUUUCUUGAGGCCGAUUAUGCCAAGUACAGGGAGAUGGUUCAUCUGGCUAUUGAUGGCAUGUGGCAGGUAUUUAAGCUUCAGCAGUCAACUCCUAGAAAUGAUUUUUGCCGGAUAGCUGCUAAGAAUGGAAUACUUCUCAGGCUUAUAAAUACUCUUUAUAGCUUAAAUGAGUCAACUCGACUAGCUUCUAGCUCUGCUGGGGGUGGAUUUUCAGUUGAUGGUUCAGCUCAACGCCCCCGAUCUGGUAUCUUGGAUCCUACACACCCUUAUAUUAAUCAGAAUGAGGCGUUGCUAUCUUCAGUAGACCAGCAAGAUCCCUCUAAAGUGAGACGUGGAGUCCUUGAUCAUCACUUAGAACAGUUACAUCCUUCAUCCUCCAAUCCUCGAAGAUCAUCAGAUGCUAACCACUCCAUGGAUGAUGCCAUGUCAUUAGAGAAGAAUUCAACUCAAACACCCAGAGAAUCUUCCGUUGGUGCAUUGAAAGAGCGAGAUGUUGAAUCCAGACAACGUAUCUCCACUACCAGGGCAUCAACUGAUAGGCCACCAAAAUCAACAGAGCCAUCAUCAAAUGGGUUAUCAGUGACAGGAGGUACACACCAGGAACAAGUUAGGCCUCUUCUUAGCUUGUUGGACAAAGAGCCACCAUCUGGGCGCUUUUCUGGACAGCUCGAGUAUGUACGUCAGAUGUCAGGAUUAGAAAGACAUGAAAGUGUACUCCCUUUAUUACAUGCAUCUGAAAAGAAAACGAAUGGGGAACUAGACUUUUUGAUGGCAGAAUUUGCAGAUGUUUCUCAACGCGGAAAGGAAAAUGGAAGUCUUGACGCCAGUUCUAGAGUUUCUCAUAAAGUCACUCCCAAGAAAUUAGGGACUUUCAAUUCCAGUGAAGGAGCUGCUUCCACAUCUGGGAUCGCUUCACAGACGGCAUCAGGUGUCCUGUCUGGUUCAGGUGUUCUAAAUGCUAGACCAGGUAGUGCUACUUCGUCUGGGCUACUUUCCCACAUGGUUUCGUCACUGAAUGCAGAAGUUGCCAGAGAAUAUCUGGAGAAAGUGGCAGAUCUUUUGCUUGAGUUUGCGCAAGCUGACACAACAGUGAAAUCUUAUAUGUGUAGCCAAAGCUUGCUCAGUCGUCUUUUCCAGAUGUUUAAUAGGGUGGAGCCUCCUAUUUUGUUGAAGAUACUGAAGUGUAUUAAUCAUCUGUCAACUGAUCCAAAUUGCUUAGAAAAUCUUCAGCGUGCUGAAGCAAUAAAAUACUUGAUACCAAAUCUUGAACUCAAAGAAGGAUCUCUUGUAUCAGAGAUACAUCACGAGGUCUUGAAUGCCCUAUUCAAUUUAUGCAAGAUAAAUAAGAGAAGACAAGAACAAGCGGCUGAAAAUGGAAUCAUUCCCCAUUUAAUGCAAUUCAUUACAUCCAAUUCUCCCUUGAAACAGUAUGCUUUGCCUCUUCUAUGUGAUAUGGCUCAUGCAUCUCGCAAUUCAAGGGAGCAGUUAAGGGCUCAUGGUGGUUUGGAUGUCUAUUUGAACCUUCUUGAGGAUGAGCUUUGGUCUGUGACAGCACUAGACUCUAUUGCAGUUUGUUUAGCCCAUGACAACGAUAAUAGGAAGGUUGAACAAGCAUUGCUGAAAAAGGAUGCAGUUCAGAAGCUUGUGAAGUUCUUCCAGUCCUGUCCAGAGCGGCAUUUUGUACACAUAUUGGAGCCAUUCCUGAAAAUCAUCACAAAAUCUUCGAGGAUUAAUACAACAUUGGCUAUUAAUGGGUUAACGCCGUUGCUCAUUGCAAGGCUUGAUCAUCAGGAUGCUAUAGCUCGUCUUAAUUUACUCAGGCUAAUAAAGGCCGUUUAUGAGCAUCACCCUCAGCCGAAGAAAUUGAUUGUGGAGAAUGAUCUACCUGAAAAGCUUCAAAACUUAAUAGGGGAACGGAGAGAUGGACAAGUGUUGGUUAAACAGAUGGCUACCUCAUUACUUAAAGCGCUACACAUAAACACUGUUUUGUAAAUUUAGAUUUAAAUGCUCAUUUUCUUUUGUGUAUAUUUAUCAGUGUACAUAACUUUCUCUCUUAUUUGGUUUGCUUAUUUUCAUUCCCUGUUUGGUUGAGUGAAAAGAAAAAUAGCAUAGGCCGAUGUAUGUCAUUUUCAUUCUUGGAUAAUAUUUUAGGGGGUGCCUCAUUUUGUCGGCUUCAAUGGCCGAAAUGUAUUUUUUGUUUGUCAACUACAGUAUAUAUAGCUCUUCUAGUACAUGGUUACAAGGUGGAAAAUUCUCUACCCACUUACUAAUCAAACCCUUCUUUCA